AUGGGGCUCUGCGAGGAGGUCUACCGCGGGGUGCGCCACAAGGGCUACCGCGUGCCCACGCCCAUCCAGCGCAAGGCGAUGCCGCUCAUCCUCGCGGGCCUCGACGUCGCCGCCAUGGCCCGCACGGGCUCCGGCAAGACCGCCGCUUUCCUCGUGCCCAUGCUCCAGCGCCUCCGCCACCGCGACCCCGGCGCCGGCAUCCGCGCCCUCAUCCUCUCCCCCACCCGCGACCUCGCCACGCAGACGCUCAAGUUCACCCACCAGCUCGGCAAGUUCUCCGAUCUAAAAACUGGCCUAAUUGUUGGUGGAGGUAGUAUGGAGAGUCAGUUUGAAGUAUUGGCUGAUAAUCCUGAUAUAAUAAUUGCAACACCUGGUAGGUUUGAGCACAUCUUGUCAAUGGUUGAUGACUUGUCACUGCGAUCAGUAGAAUAUGUUGUAUUUGAUGAAGCGGAUUCCCUUUUUAGCUUGGGGUUUGCUGAGCAGUUACACAAAAUUCUACACAAGUUGAGUGAUACAAGGCAAACAUUGCUCUUCAGUGCUACUAUGCCGAAAGCCCUCGCAGAAUUCGCAAAAGCUGGCUUGCGUGAUCCUCAAGUCAUAAGACUUGAUUUGGACAAAAAGAUCAGCCCUGAUCUGAAGCUUGCCUUUUUCACACUGCGUCAGGAAGAGAAACUAGCUGCUUUGCUGUAUUUGGUCCGGGAGCGUAUCAGCUCUGAGGAGCAGACAAUGAUAUUUGUUUCAACGAAGUAUCAUGUAGAGUUCUUGAAUAUUCUUUUCCGAGAAGAAGGCUUAGAAGCUUCCCUUUCCUAUGGUGCCAUGGAUCAAGAAGCCCGCACUAUUCACAUUUCAAGAUUCAGGGCAAGGAAGACCAUGCUACUUAUAGUGACAGAUGUUGCUGCAAGGGGUCUGGAUAUUCCAUUGCUUGACAAUGUAGUGAACUGGGACUUUCCUGCUAAACCGAAGUUAUUUAUUCAUAGAGUUGGCCGAGUAGCUCGGCAAGGUAGAACUGGUACAGCAUUUACAUUUGUCACUUCAGAGGACAUGCCAUUUUUACUGGACCUACAUCUCUUUCUUUCAAAACCUCUUAGACCUGCUCCAACGGAGGAGGAACUGCUGAAAGACAUGGAUGGAAUGAAUUUAAAAAUCAACCAAAGUCUUGCUGAUGGGGAAACGAUAUAUGGCCGUUUUCCUCAGACAAUACUUGAUCUUUGCUCUGAUGGAGUAAAAGAAGUCAUCAGUGGAUGCACAGAUCUGAUUGCAUUGGAAAAGCCAUGCGCUAAUGCUUUCCGGUUGUAUCUGAAGACCCGCGCUAUGCCUUCAAAAGAAUCUGUUAGAAGAGCAAAAGAUUUGCCUCGUGAAGGUCUUCAUCCAAUGUUCAGAGAUGUUCUUAGACCAGAUGAAAUUUCAGCAAUUGCGUUCUCGGAGCGGCUGAAAUCAUUUCGGCCAAAGCAGACUAUUCUAGAGGCUGAAGGUGAAGCUGCUAAAUCAAGAAGUUCUAAAGGUAGCAAUCAAUGGCUAGAUGUGAUGAAGAAGAAAAGAGAAGUCCAUGAGGGGAUAAUAAAUUUGGUGCAUGAACAGUCUGGUGAUCUGGCAACAAAGGUUGAUAGUUUCGUUUGUGACCAGUACUUGUUCUGGAAGAAGAUACAGAAAACAUUUCUAAUUGGGAGAAAAAAGAAGUUUGUGCAUUCAGAAGCUGGGUUGUCAGUAAAGGGAAAUGAAGGAUUUGUUCAAGAUAGAUUGGAUGCUGCUGUCCUUGAUUUAGUCGAUGAUGAAACUUCUGGAAUGCAAGCCCAGAAAACUCGAUAUCACUGGAUGAAGAACAAGUUUGUCAAGUUGAAUAAUGGGGAUCGUGUCACUUCUACAGGAAAGAUUAAAACGGAAAGCAGUGCAAAGUUAAAGGCAAGUAAAGAUAUCUAUAAGAAAUGGCAGCAGAAGUCACAUAGAGCAAUCAGUUCUGGUGGAAAAGAUGGUGCAGAAGGAGGCUCAUCCACACCAGGUCAGACCAUAGUUACCAGAUUCACUAAACCACACUCUGAACACCGAUCUAGAUUCACGAAUCAGAGAUCUGGCUAUCAAAGAGGAAACAGAAGAUACCCUGCAGCCGGUCGCGGACGUUCGUCUAUACCAAAUGCUGAUGUGCCAUCAGAGAUAAGAAAUCCCCAACAGAUGCGGAAGGGCAGGCAGGAAAAGGCGAUGCAAAAUCUGCGGAGGAACGAGAAAUCUGCAAAAGACGGUAAAUCUCCCGGGAAGUUCCAGAAAAACAGGAGGCCUAAUGGAUCUGGAAGGGACGAUAAAUUCCAAGACAGUAGAUCCCAGAAGAGCCGAAGACCAGACGGGAAAGGGAAAGGGGGCGGAAAAGGGAACGCCAAAGGGUUUGGUAAAGGUAAAGGAAAAGGCAAAGGCAACCCCAAAGGGAGGGGUACCAGGUGA